CUGUGGCUGCGGGCGCUGUGCCUGUCCCACCCACUGCAACCCACCUCGGAGACAAGCUUUGUUUCGCGUGUUUCUGACUCCUCGGGUUGUUCAAUACACCUAGAAUGAGCAAACUGGUCCACAGGAUCCAAGACAAGCUCAGAAGACCACCCGCACCGUGUAUGUCCGAGUCCGCCUAGAGUCUACAAUGCCUCCAGCGUGCAAGAGCUCCUCUUUCAUCUUCUGGCUCGUGUGCCCACGCCGUCGCCCAACAUGUCCCGGCCCACACACGACUCGCCAGUUGGUCCAGGUACCGCGGCUCCUGGCGAGCCAUACUGGAUGGAGGGGAUCAAGCACCAGGGGAUGGCCGCCUUCAACCCGAAGCCAGAGGCGUACCAGGUCUUCAGGAAUGUGAAGGACUUUGGAGCAGUGGGCGACGGAAAGGCGGAUGAUACUGAGGCAAUCAAUGCGGCGAUGUCGUACGGAGGACGGUGUGGUGGAGGGAACUGCGAGUCUUCAACUGUCACACCAGCGGUCGUGUACUUCCCGCAGGGCAUAUACAAGGUGUCGUCGCCGAUCAUUGCAUACUACUACAGCCAGAUCAUCGGUGAUGCGAGAGCACCGCCUACACUUCUCGCAGCCUCGAACUUCAGUGGGAUGGCCGUCAUUGAUGCGGACCCGUACAUCCCGGGUGGCGGGGGUGCGCAAUGGUACAUCAAUCAGAACAACUUCUUCCGGAGUGUACGCAACUUCGUCAUCGACACUCGUCGCGUGCCCGACCACGUCUCUGCUACCGGAAUCCAUUGGCAAGUCUCACAGGCCACUAGCCUGAUGAACAUUCGUUUCGUGAUGAGCGACCGCAAGGGCAAUGCUCAUCAAGGGAUCUGGAUGGAGAACGGGAGCGGCGGCUUCAUGGGAGAUAUGGAGUUUUAUGGGGGUAAAUUUGGGAUUUGGGUCGGCAACCAGCAGUUCACAGUUCGAAACGUCACUAUGACGAAUUGCGAGACCGCGGUCUAUGGGAUGUGGAAUUGGGGUUGGACGUUCCAGGGCAUCACAAUCAACAACUGCCAAGUAGGCUUCGACCUGAAAACAGGUGGAACGACGUCAGAUACGCAGACAGUCGGCGGCGAAGCAAUUAUCGACGCCGUAGUGUCCAACACGCCCGUGUUCGUACGCUCGUCUGUGCACACCACUUCCCUAGCGGGUUCACUCGUGCUCAACAAUGUCCAACUCACCAACGUGCCUAUUGCCGUUGGAGUCCUCAAUGGGCCCACGAUUCUUCCUGGAGGAACGACGACCAUCGAGAGCUGGGUACAGGGCAACGUGUACCAGGGUGCAAAUGGCGCGAGACGGUUCAUGCAGGGCCGUCACGAGGUGCCAACCAAAGCAAGGAGUCUGCUCAAUUCAGAGGGAAAGGUUUUUGGGCGCAUGCAUCCGCAGUAUGAAGAUUAUGCGCUGGACCAGUUCGUCAGCGCCAAGAACCUGGGAGCGAAGGGCGAUGGACUGACAGACGACACGGAGGCGCUGCAGCGCAUCUUCGGUGAGCACGCAGGAAAGAAGAUCAUAUUCCUCGACCACGGCACGUAUUAUAUUACCGACACUCUCCUCAUUCCUGCGGGAACACAUCUCGUCGGGGAGGCGUGGAGCGUCAUCAUGGGUGGCGGGCCCGCCUUUGCGGACGUCCGUAGUCCGCGCGUCAUGGUGCGUGCGGGCGAACCAGGCUCUCAGGGCGUCUUGGAGAUCUCGGACGUGGUUUUUGCCACAAGGGGUCCAGCAGCCGGCGCUAUCGUGAUUGAGUGGAACGUGCACUCGGACGUGCAGGGCGGGGCGGGCAUGUGGGACACUCAUAUUCGGUUAGCUGGAGCUGCCGGAACGAGCCUUGAACGCGCACAGUGUCCUCUGCAGCCGAAGUCUGACCAGUGCUAUGCAGCGUUUUUGGCGAUGCACCUCACCCCACAGUCGAAUGCGUACUUAGAGGGCACAUGGAUCUGGCUUGCGGACCACGACCUGGAUGGUGACGGAAAAUCUCAGAUCACGGUGUACAGCGGGCGGGGUGUCUUGUCAGAGUCGCAGGGGCCUGUGUGGAUGAUCGGGACUGCUGAGCACCACACGUUGUAUCAAUACAGCUUCGUGGAUGCGCGAGAUCACUAUCUUGGGCUAUUGCAGACAGAAUCUCCGUACUACCAACCGUCGCCACCGCCUCCUGCGCCAUUCGUUAUCGAAAGCCGCUACAAAGAUCCGAGCUUCCCUCCAGGCCAAUCAUCAGCCUGGGCAGCCAACAUACAGAACUCACACGGCAUGCUGAUCUUCGGUGCGGGCUUGUACAGCUUCUUCAGUAGCUAUGGCCAGGCCUGCCUCAAAGACUCGUCGUGCCAGAGCCAAAUCCUCAACAUUGACGCACAGUCGUCAGUAGAUGUGUACAGCCUGUCGACAGUGGGAGUGACACACCAGUUGAGUGUGGAGGGUCGUGGGAUCGUUCCUGCGUAUGCGAACCAGAACGGCUUCCAGUCUACAAUGACUGCUUGGACGAGGUGAUAUAUUGGUGGUAAAAGGACUGUCUAUUUGGCAAUGGACUGAAGACAUGUAGUUGUACUUGUAGCAUUUCAGGGCAUGGCUGUACACUAUACUAGAUUGUUGUUUGCCAGGCCCGGAGACCGGGAGAACGCGCCUGGGAUGUCCCACGUGAGCGUGUCAUCCCGCACUAUUCAGUUCAGGUCACACCUGCUUGCAGUAGUCA